AUGGAAGUGAAAUGUGAACUUCAAAGUCCUGAUGAAUGUAAUCAAACGGUUGUAAUUUUUGAUCGUAAAGGUAAUGUGGCAGAUUUCAUACGUGAAAUACGUCGAGCAUUCAAAAUUUUACCACUUGAUAAGGUUUAUGGAUAUUACAUUCAUCGUGAGGAUGAUAAAUGUACGGAGAAAACGGAUGAUCGAAAAUUGGACGAAGAAUUAGUAGUAGAUGCGAAAUCAGUGAAUCGUCCAAUUAGUGAAUUAAAUUUAACACCUGAUACUAUUGUAAUUGUUGAUACAAGUGGUAUUGUACAAAUGAAAACAUUAUAA